GUUGAUAAAUAAUUAGAAGUCCGCAUCAUCGAGUAACAAACUUUUUGGGGGUCCUAUAAAGUCCGCGAGUCUAACUAACUUUUUCACUCUCUUCACAAAGUCCCAAAGAGAGAUACUCUCUUCGACGGCGAUUCAUCUUCCUCCGCCUUCUUCCACUUCACUCUCCGCCGCGCUCGCUCACCGCUCCAGGCUUUUUCUCCGACUGUUCGCUCGGCGGUUUCGUUGUUUCUCACGUGAACUAACGGCAAAAUGUGUUCAUCAGGAACGGGAUCGCCUCCGGUUGCGAAAGAUGACGAGCUUCCUGAGAAUCCAAUCGGUGAAGAAGAAGAGUCAACCGAAGAGUCAAUCGAUGAACUCAACUCAACCGAAGAAAACGACUCGGGCGAUGAAGCUGCUAGUGCUGUGAAUCCUUUGUCCAGCGAUGCUGCUCAGAUACUCCCAUUGCUACAGAAUCUCCUACUCAACAAUGACAUCCAGAGGGAGAGGUUAACCGGAUUGUUUCAACUCUAUGCUCCAGCUGCUGACACAAACGCAAACGUGAAUGCCGAAGCCCAGCAGACGGAAUGGGAGGCAGCUCUAUCUUCUCAGCUUCAGUUCUUGGAGCAGAGGUAUGUGCAGAUGCUUGAAGAGGAGCUUGAGAAUCAGAAGAAACUAAACGCUCAGCUAGAAGAACAGAUCAAGCGCUUGACGACGACGAGCAGUGAUCCAGAAAGGCAGGAUUGACUUUGCGCUCCAUCUUGAAGGAGGAGGCAUAUGCACCACUCUCUUUGCAUUCUUUUCUUUUUACUCUCUUAGAAAACGUUAUGGACUGAUAAAGCGCUGUAGUUGAUGAUCCAUUCUUUGAUUGAACAGUUUACAAGUUUACUCUAGUCAUAUAGAAUGACUCUCUCUUUUGUAUAUAAAUAAUACUGAAACUUUACUAGCUCUUGAAACAAAGGGGAAGAAGAAGUGAUUUUAAUCGUUCA